AUCUGCGAAACCGGGUAGUCGAACAGGUGUCAGCGGUGGUAUCACCGAGAGCGAUACCGGGCUCAGUUCGUGUGAGACGUUCUACCGUGAAUGACGCAAUCAGACCCGGGAUGCGAUUGCUGCCAGUAAUCGCGCUAUGCUCGCGGAAAUUCAAAUGUUCCGAAGCGGAGGAACGAGAGGUGGGAUUUUUACGGUAGUGCGCGACAUAACUUGACGUUUGUGCGCAAUAACGAUCGAUCGAGGAGCGUGACGUUAAAUAUUUGGCCGGCGACUGAGAGCGUGUGUAGGAUCCCUCUAAUUGUCCAUUCGAGCGAGCACAUUUUCCGGCGCUCUAGUCAACGAUCCGGCACGACACAGUUGAUCUUAGCACGAACGAGCGUUUCUUGUAAGGACGAGGAGCAUCUUCAUCUUGUCGGGAAAUAGCUCACCCAUACACGCACGCUCUUACCGCCCAGCUUUAUUCGCCACUUUGAUAAAUUGCUCUCAAAGGAGCAAUACGAACACUGCGCUCAUCAAGUAUCCAGAAUGCAAUCACUUUCGGCGAGUACUACCGCAGGACUUGAUGGGCGAGUUAAGGUCGCAUAAGUUGACUGUUUUAUUCGCUCCUCGGUUCCCUUCCGUUGUCCUCGAAGGACAGGGAAGGAUUCUCCGGCUGCUGAGGGAGACCCUGCAGUCGAGUAAUUGAUCCGUUCAACAUCAGACUAGAGCAAGAAGGUUUACCGACUCGGCGGAUUAUCGAGCGCUCUUUGUUUGCGUGCGCGAUAUCGAGAAGAUAUCAAUGUGCAUACGCGCGUAUCGUAAAGGAAGUAUCGUCGAUCACGAUGAAUCGAACGAGCUUGCAAUAAACGAUAUAUCCUCGCGAGGACUCCGUCAUGGGGACGUCGGACGGCAAUUACGCGCUCGACUUUUGGCGAGACUGGGAUCUGGCCAAUCUGAAUGAGGCCGAGUAUCUGGACAGGGUGCUUGGCCCAAAGUACUUGCCCAUGAAGAUGGUGAUACCGCUUACGAUCGUCUAUAUGGCGGUCUUUGUGACCGGGAUCUUUGGCAAUGUCGCCACAUGCACGGUGAUCGUCAGGAACGCAUCCAUGCAGUCCGCCACCAACUACUACCUCUUCAGUCUGGCCAUAUCCGACCUCACUCUACUUAUACUGGGUCUUCCUAACGAAUUGAGCGUGUUCUGGCAGCAAUAUCCGUGGGCGCUGGGCGCGGGGCUCUGCAAGAUCAGGGCGUACGUGUCGGAGAUGUCGUCCUACGUGUCGGUUCUCACGAUAGUGGCUUUCUCCAUGGAGAGAUAUUUGGCCAUAUGUCAUCCGCUGAGUGUCUAUUCGAUGAGCGGCCUCAAAAGACCCACUCGUUUCAUUUUCGCGGCCUGGUCGAUCGCAAUAGUCUCGGCCAUCCCGUUCGCGAUUUACACGAAGGUCAAUUUCGUCGAAUAUCCACCAGGAUCGGGCAAUUAUUCGGCCGAUUCGGCGAUUUGCGCGAUGCUUCUGCCCGAUAUGCCAAACUUUCCACUUUACGAGCUCAGCUGUAUCGUAUUUUUCCUCAUACCGAUGCUCGUGAUUCUGAUUGUGUACACGAGGAUGGGAUUGAAAAUCAGGAGUAGUACCAAAGAUGCGCUCGGUCCGGUACAAGGCACCCUUCACGGCGAAUACCGACAGAUACAAUCCAGGAAGUCUGUCAUCAGGAUGUUAAGCGCGGUCGUGAUCAUGUUUUUCAUUUGCUGGGCGCCAUUUCAUGCCCAGCGUCUGCUCUACGUGUACGCACAGGGAUCCGAUUAUUAUCCGGAUUUAAACGAAUGGCUGUACAUUUUGAGCGGCUGCUUGUAUUACUUCAGCACCACGGUCAAUCCUAUCCUCUACAAUGUGAUGAGCAUGAAAUAUCGUCAGGCCUUCAAGCAAACGAUAUGCUGCGGAACGAGAAGGACUGGCGGAACCUCGAUGGGUAAGGAACCUCGUCUGUGCAGAUGCGAUUCCUCGGGAGAAGCCCACGAUCGAAGCCUUAUGUGUUGCGUUAGGCGUGCCAUUACUCGUGCCAGAGAAGUAUUUCGUUUCACGUCGAGCGGAGAGGAGAACGCUAAGAAUAGAGGCAGGAAUAACGUAAAUACAGAGGAUGCUCCUCUUCAUAACGCUUACUUGUUACGAAAAGAGGAUUUGUCGUCGGAGCCUCUCUUUGAACAGGGGCAUUCUCUAGCUUACCAGCAACCUAGCAACGAAAGUACAUCGUCCACAAAGAAAUCGGACGAUACCGUUUCUAUAGCUAUCAGCAGUCUGUGAUUUAUCCUCGUUCGCUUACAGUUCUUUCUUAACGGAUCUAUAGUUAUUUAUUACGUACAAAGAAUUACAACGUACAAGGAAUCUCACCCGGGCAAGUACGAUUCCUCGGACGAGGCUCAUGAUUGAAGUUCCGCGUGUCCGAUCAGACGUGAAAUCUGUGUGAUCCUGGAAACCGGUGAUUGAAGAUUUCAGGGUCCCGAAUGCUCCAUCAGGCAAUUGUCUUUAGAGUCAAAAGCGACGUGAAUAACCGUCGACAGUCGAUAUUAUCGCUUAAGAAAGCCCGAAAGCGAAAGUUUUAUACUACUUAUUCCGGAAUAAAGUUUUACACGUUUACACGGUUGGUAUGUCCUCCUUCAGAUUCGCGAGUUCGCGAAAUGGUGAAUACUCGAAAUUUCGCAAAUCGGUUAAAUAAUCAUUUUCGCCGAAAGUCCGUUGUGAUUAUUUCCAUACAAAUCGUAACGUGUUUUAAUAGAGUACAUCGAUACGGGCUGUGCUUUGAUUGAAAGAUAAAUUUACAGUCAUAAUAUGAUAUUUCAUGGGAGCUUUUGAUAAAAAUUAUCGUCAAGCUGCAGCUCUCGUUUCAGUAACGGUUUCAUCAUUCUGUGCGCCGUCGACUGAUUUUCAACGUGUAACGUGUAUAUUCUGUAUAAGGUGAAAUAUUAUUCAUAUGAGCGAAGCCUUUGACAAUGUUGUUACAUCGUCGAGCGUAUAAUGUGAGAUUAAUGUUUUCUUGUCAAACAGAGCAAAAAAAUUCAAUUUCUUCUUUACCCCUUUGGCUUUGAUAUUUUAACGUGAUUGUGCCGAACUUCGCACGAAAUGCGAGGAUAUAACGAGACGUUAGCGGGAAUUCCGUUAGCGGAAAUUUCCCUCUGCCACGUCAAAGUGACGCAUAGCCUAUGCAUUUAUUCCAUUUUAAAUGAGAUGCGUAUUAUAUGCAUAACGAGGGACACCUCUUCUCUCGUCCUCACGCCAAUAAUGGCCGUGGGGAAUUCUCAACGUCACGCAAUUAAUUGCACACUCGCAGCUUCCAAAUGGCACGGGCGACUCGCAAACGAUGCUUCUGUGCUGAGAAAUAACUUAAGAUAUAAAAAGCUUAUAAACUUAGGAUAUAAAAAACUUUGUCCGCCCACUUUAUCCACGUUCAAUAACGAGGCCCGCUAGUCAAAUGUAAUUUACUCCAAAGUCAAGAAAAUAGCAUUUGCUUGAUUUGCUUGAGAAAUUUAGAUUCCUAUCGUGCUAAAAUAAAAGGAAAUGACUCGAUUUAUGAAGACAACACAAUAGCUUAUGUGUGAGGUAACGAUUCUCCCGACCGUCGAAAUUGCGUACCUAUACCAUCUAUUCUUGUUACCGGUAAGUUACGUUGCUGUCUAUAGACCAAUUUCUACCUCGAGAUCGAUUACGAUCAUGCUGGGUUUCUUGUAGUCGGCGAAGCCAGCAAUAAACGCAUUUACUAGAAUUGUCGGCUAUUUCGUACGGUGUUAAUUACGAUUGUAUCGUGAACUUUGCAGAAGCCUUCGCGUGAU